AUAAGAGUGUUUUUGGUGCGCAUUUCAAACGGAUAAAGCAGCAGGAAACGAACCAACCGUAAGAACCAGACAUUUGAAAGCUCAAUCAAUAACGGCCAUCAAUGGCCGCAAUAUUCAGCAUCAGCUUUGCUAGCUCCGCCAUUGGAGCUCACUUCCACAGGACAAAAUUCAAUAAACCCAAGACUUUUGUAAACCCAAUUCGUUGCACGGGUAGACUAGAAUGGGACCCAGAAGGCGUACUAGGUGCGCCCCAAACAGGUCACAUAGCUAGACUCGAGUUCAAGAGACGCCUUGAGCAAGAUGCUGCUGCCAGAGAAGAAUUUGAACGUCAAGUCCGUGAAGAAAGAGAGCGUCGCAGAGUUCUUCGUGAGUCACGAGUGAUUCCGGAUACAGUAGAAGAGCUUGUGGAGUUUUUUCUUGACACUGAAGCUCAAGAGAUUGAGUUUGAGAUUGCCCGACUAAGACCACGGAGUACUUCUGACAUUCUGCCGUACUAUUUUUUUCCUGCAGAAGCCUAUGAUAAAAUGCAAGCAGAUAUUGUAGCAACAAAGAAGAACUUAACCGAGAUUUUGACUUCAAAGGAUGUCAAGGCUACUUUAUUGGAUUUGGUUGAGAGGAAUGAGCUGAACAGACCCUUGUUGACCCUUCUCGAUGAAAACAUUGCAACUGCACAUAGUGUUAACCAGAAACAAGCAGCAGAGUACAUGGAAAAGCUGAGAGGACUUGUUCUGAAGUACUUAACAGUAUAGGUUUUCGUUUUAAAAAUAUCGACUGCUCGUCUCAUUUUUAUACUGAGUAAUGGUGAGAAUUUCUGGUUGUUUAUAUUCUACUAAUGUAUUAUAGUACAAAAUUUUGUAGGAAAAUGAUCCCUUGUAAUAAGAAAAAGAAAGCAAUCCCAUCUAUUUUGAAAAUCAAAGUGGAAAGAAUGAGUAAACCAUGUAAUUGAAAAUGCAUGUUUAUGAAGGUGCUAUUAAAAAUCUAAA